AUGCAUGAAGAUGACAAGGCAAAAACCUCCUUCAUCAUCAAAAGAGGUACAUACUGCUACAAAGUCAUGCCCUUUGGGCUAAAGAAUGCCAAAGCAACCUACCAAAGGCUGGUGAACAAAAUUUUCAAGGAGCAAAUCGGCAAGACUAUAGAAGUCUACAUAGAUGACAUGCUAGUCAAAGCUCCCGAGAGAGCGUACCACAUCAAGAACCUUGCUGAAGCAUUCAGCCUACUUCAAAAAUACAACAUGAAGUUGAACUCGAGGAAAUUCACUUUUGGAGUCUCGUUCGGUUGA